CAGUUUUUUCUUUUUUUAAAUCUUUUUUUCUUCUCUUUUUUGGCCAUAACGUCUAAUGGUUCGUGUCUGGAAGGAAAAGGUUUAUCUCUGAUCAGAUUUCGGGGAUCCUGAGGGCACACUUAACUAAUGGGAUCCUAUCGAUGUUUCUCCCCCACCUCCAAGGCUGAUCUUUACACGGCGGAAUGUUAAUGUUGCCACAGCCUGUCCGUGUUGUCUUUGGCUGCUCUGAGUCUGCUUUUUAUGGCUGUAGUCGUCGGUCUGUAAUGUCAUGGAGCAUGACGGAUAUGAUUUAACAACAACAAAAGAAAAAAAGAAAAAAAAAAAGAGGCUCACGCGGCGGUAAAGCAACACUUCUGAGACUGGAGGCUGGAGUAUGGAAGUGAUCGCGUUCACUCUGCACAUGUGUGAGGAGAAGUGCGUGUCCCAUGUUGCAUUAGUGUCUGUGUGAAAUGCUGGCCUGUCUGCCAGGGCCAGGUGACCUCCCCCUCCAGCUUCUCCCCCACACGCAGAUGAACACUGGACUUCAGAAAUGGGACACCACACAAAGGAUGAGAUCCGCUCCGUUUCCAACCCCUGCAGAAUUGGAUGCAUAUGCUAAGAAAGUUGCCAACAACCCCCUCACCAUCAAGAUCUUCCCCAACAGUGUCAAGGUCCCCCAGAGAAACCACGUGCGGCGUACAGUGAACGGGCUGGAUACGUCAGGCCAGCGCUACAGCCCUUACCCUUCGUCUCAGGCCAGUGCCAAGACAGGCCUCCUCGCCAUCGUCAAGGUGCCCACUGUCAAAGGCAUCUUAAAAGAUUUUGACGGCAGCCGGGCUCGCUUGCACCCUGAAGUCAUCAUGAACCCUCCCGCCGGAUCCUACCAAGUGGCUUCAACCAGCACUUUAAACCACCACCCACCUCUGCCGAACCUUCCUCGGCUCCAGCAGAGCUUACCCCUUCAACAACAGGACCCGCCUCAGACUCUACAGAUGCCCCUCCCUCAGCAGCAGGGUCCCACCCAGACCCUCAGACACCAUCCCCCCAUGGCCCAGCAUCCUCAGGGCCCACCAAGACUCCAGACUCUGUCUCAGCAUCCAGCCCUUGGCCACCCACAAGGGCCCCCGACCGUCAUGCUUCAACAACAGCACCUUCAGCAGCAGCCGCCACCUUGCCUGCAGGGGGGCAGGAAGCUGCCGGAUGGCGAAGCUCCGCCUAAUGUUACCGUCUCUACCUCAACCAUUCCACUCUCCAUGGCCGCUGGGCUGCACCAGGGCCGCCAGGCCGACCUGAGCACCAUAGUGCAUCAGAUCAACCAGUUCUGCCAAGCUCGUGCCCAAGGCGCAGGAGCCACCUCCAUGUGCGAGGGCCAGAUUGCCAACCCUAGCCCCAUCAGUCGCAACCUGCUCAUCAGCGCCUGCUCCAGGGUGUCCAUGCACAGCAACCCUGCCACCCCUGGCUUCCCCCCGCCCAACUGCAUUAUUGGCCCUCAAGAGAAAGCCACCGCCCUGGUGGUAGGUCACCCACCGCAUAGCGUGGCUGCAUUGAACCACUUGCCUUCCAACCACACUGAUCUCAAGCAGCAGCACCACCUGCAGCAUCUGCAUCCGCAACAGAAUCAGCAGCAACAACAGCUGCAACACAAUACCCAGCAUCAGAAGAUGCGCUCUUGGAAUCAGCACCAGUUGGCUCAUGUUUCCCACAUUCAGAACGGUGGGACCCACCUCUGCAAGCAGCCUUCCAGGGACCCCGCCUUCCAUUUUAAGGGCAUGGGCUACCCUGCAGAGGUGUGUGUGGGUCAGCCUUACACACUGAAACCUCCUGUAGAGAGGCCCACCCCCUCUCCCCCCGUCAACAACAACUGCAUGCCCGGCCCCAUGGCCCACUACACUAAUGGUCACUACUUCCAGUCCCACAUUUGGAACAGCAGCAUCCUCCCCACACCCAACAGUGAUAGCUCCGGGUCUCAGGACAUAGCCAUGCCAUUCCACGGUGCGGGCCCAGGAGGGUGCACCACGCUAGACUGUGGGCCCGCUGGGGCUCCCCAUUACAGGCUGGGAACGAGCUCCUCCACCACCUCCUCCUCCGCCCAGACCAAUCUGAUGCAAACGGCAGAUUACUUGGGUGGGGACUUCCAGACGCCCUAUUUCCGCGAUCAGAAUCUCGGAAUGAUGGGCAAGAUGCACAGGCCUCCUCUGAGCAGGGUAGGUCCAGAGGUUGGGGAUGGCAGAACGGCUCUCAUCCAGCACCCAGGGUACAGAUAAGCUAUGGCCUUGUCUACAAGACAGUUAUCAAAACCCCUUUGUUUAGUCUUAAGAAAGGAAACACAUGAAUAAAACUAAAUUGUUAACUUAAAUAAAUGACCGCUAAUGUUAAAGAGGGUAAAUUAAUAUAUUUAAUGAAGAACAGUAGUUUUUCUUUUUCUUUUUUUUUUUUUUGUUCUUUUUUAAUAAAUCUUGCAAGUGAUCAAUUGCUGCUUUUAUUUUUGUUAAUGAGUGCUUUUACCUGGCACUUUAGGGAACUUUUUUAUGUGUGUGUGUGUGUAUACACAUCUGUACUGUGUGUGUCAUUCCCACCUCUACUCUGUUGUACUAUCUGUGUGCCUGGAUCUCGACAGAUCCUGUGUUAUUUCUACUUCAGAACUAUCGGUUAAGUUUUCUUAUGCAUGUAAGAAGGUUAGAUCCCUCACUGAAAAAAAGCAACAUCGGCUGAUGGAUGUUUUUUUUUUUUUUUUUUUUACAGGGUCAUGUCAUAAAUUUGUUGUUCCGAUUAGUUUUAUUCAAAUUUUCAUUUUGGUGUUGAUGCUCAAAUCUCAUUGUCGCGUCAAGAUUAAACACAAUCAGUUGAGGACAGGAGAGAGAUAGUCACGAACUUGUGUCAGUGCAAAGCCAUCAGACACUGGAGACUAUAAAGUACAGCUGGAAAAGCUCGCUGUAUGCACAUGUAAACAGAGGUUUUGAUUCUUUUUAAAUGUAAUUAUUUAUUUGUAUAGUUGUGCUAUUGGAGACUGAUUCCUCUCUGUCAGAUAAGGACACUUGUAAUCAGGUUGUUUGUACAUAGCAAAGAUCCAGCAGGGAGCAGAUAUGUUGAAAAGAUAAUGCUCUGUCCCGCUGAAAAUGCUGCAAUGAAUUCAGGUGUUUAAAAAAGAAAAAAAAACUUUUUGUCAAUGCCAGGAAGGUUUGGCAACAAGAUUGUGAAACGUUAAGUGCAGAAAAAAAGUCAUGACAGAUAAACUCUCAUACCUUAAAAUGGCCAAAGUCAGGUUAACAAGGACACACUGUUAUUAUGAAGAUGUGCCAUUUCGUGUUUGUUUCCUUUUCAGAUCGUUAUUGUUACCAUGACAAAUGUAUUACUUGAAUGUUGAGAUUAUUUGUUUUGCAGGUGUCGAGAUGGGGGAUAGUUAGUUAUGAGGACAAAACUCUGGAGUAGAAGAAAUAAUAGUGUUACUAAUGUCAUGUAGAAUCGGACUACGAGCCUAACCGGAGUUUUGAUCCCGACAGCGGGAACUUAAGUGAAUUAAGUUAUGUGUAGUUGCUACUGAUUCUGAUGUGAAGUCUGCUCGGAAAGACCAAAUUGAUCACUUGCAAGAUCAGGUAAAACAAAACUGACGUUUUAAGUUUAAAGUGAAACAGCAAAUGCAUUGUUUAUUUUAUUGUACACUGGCUUACCUACUAGACUACUGUAACUUUAAAGUUUAAAGAUUGUGUGUGAAUGUUGCCUGCUGAUGUGAGUAGAGUUAAGGGCGAGUGUGAGUGCGUGUACGUGAGAGUGUGUGUGUCUAUAAAACACAAUGACGCCCAUGUUCUGUUCACCUAACUCCCUAACAGCCCUUAAAAAGCCUUAAGUGUUUGGUCCUUGGACUUCCCUUGAAAAAUGAGCAUGGUUUUAAUGAAAACCCCAAAUAAUGAGGAGAAAGAAGAAGGAGAGGAUACACAGAAACAGCAAUUUUUGGUUUCUUUUUUUCUUUUUCUUUUUUUUUUCCUGGUCUUUUUUAUUUUAAUGAAGUUUUGUUGAAUAGACAGAGCAAUUCCUUAGAGAUUCUUUAUCAUGAAAAGCAAGAAAAAGGAGUCAUAUUUUGUAAUUAUAUAUUUUAGCAAUGUGUAGUUACUGAGCUGUAACGUUUUUUUUUUCCAAGUUUCAAAGCUUCAGUUUGCAGUUGUGACUAUUUAUAAUACUUGAUUUGCUUGUUAUUUAAAAUGUUAUUUUCUUCUUUGUUUCUUGUACUAUUGCUGUGAAAUGGAAGAAGGUCCAGAAGCCUUUCUUUUGUGUCAUUCUGUACGACAGAUAAGAGGCAAGAGCGUGAGAGUUGUGCUACUCUUUUUGUAAUAUUGUAAUAAUAAAAUAAAGUUCUAAUUUAUGCUUUGAAA